CCGCCCAGGGAUGUGCCUGGUAGGCGUGGUUAUGCCCGCAGAGGGGUCUGUGCUGUUUUCUUUGUGCAGGGAUGAGCAGUCCUGGGAUGGACACAGACCCCUCCUGAUCCCCCCCCCCCUGGAAAGUGGACACCCCCUUGAAGGAUCAUCCAGCAGAUGACUCCCAGUGUUCCCUUCCCCAUCAUGGAGUAGUAAGCGUUUUUGCGGGUCCCAUUAAAGUCUACAACAUGCAGGGCGAGGUGAUGAUCGGCGAUGGUGGGAUUGAGGAGCCCCCUCUGAAAGUGAAUAGGAGCGCCCCCCACAGCCCUCUGAGGGACACCCUGCGGAGAGCUGCCGUUGCGGCGGCGGGGGAGAACACUAUGGAACGGAAGAAGAAGAAGAAAAAGGAGCCUCGCCCCGAGUCCAUCAUCGUCUACCGGUCUGACAAUGAGAGGAUGGUGGAGGACGAGCCAGCCAAUCAGGAAGGAGGGGAGAGGAGCGCGGAGGAAGGCUCGAGGUUUCUGGGGACGCCGAUGAGCGAUGGUGGAUGGAGUUUGCAUCCUGAUAGCCGCUGUGUGACCUUGACGGGGACCAUCACCCGCGGGAAGAAGAAAGGUCAGAUGGUGGACAUCCAUGUCACUUUAACGCAAAAGGAACUCCAAGAACUUGCAAGAUCCAGGGAGCCGUUGCAAGACGAGCCGGCGGAGGGGAAAAAGACGUGUUCGGUUGGCCUGGACAGAGGUCCACACGUCCUCCUCUGGAGUAUCCUCUGCUUGCCCGUCAUAUUUGUUCUGUCCUUCGUCCUUUCCUUUUACUAUGGGACCAUAACUUGGUACAACAUCUUCUUGGUAUACAACGAAGAAAGGACUUUCUGGCACAAGAUUACCAUUUGCCCGUUCUUAAUGAUUUUUUACCCAAUAAUCAUCGUGGUGAUCUCCAUGUCUCUAGCCAUCUAUACGACGGUCACCCAACUAUCCUGGUCCUUUGGGGACUGGUGGCGUUCCGUGCGGGAUAUGGAGAAGGGUUUUUGCGGCUGGAUUUGUAGCAAGCUCGGCCUUGAAGAUUGUUCCCCGUACAGUAUUAUAGAACUGCUAGAUUCGGACAAUAUUUCGGGAAGCCUCUCUGUAAAAGGUUCCACGCAAGGAGUAGAGACUUCUGCUGUCUGAUUUCCGCCAUCUUCAUGUUCAUAGGUUUUUUUUCUUGGUUGUUAUGGAAUGCCGAUGUGAAAAAGCGGUCUGUGCCAUAUGGAAUUGCGCUGAUGAUUAUUGGCUAGGAUUACAAGCUUUUUGGUGAAUUUGUCACUGGUUUCUGCAUGUUUUGGAUUCCAUGUUCGCUUGGUCCAUGUGAUCGAAAUCAUAAACUGCAUGGAUGUUCUUUUUUUUUAAAACGCGCGCACACACAAGACAAGUCUUAUUUUCUUAUAAAAAAAAAUGGCAACCUG